GGUAUUGGUCCACCGGUACCAGAGACAAGGAAUUGAAAGUAAUAUUGCCGUUGUUGGGAUAUCCCAAUCCUUACUUGAAAGUUACUGUAAACUAUGACAUCAUAAAAGGUAUAUGUAAUAUAUACCUGAAACAAUCGGAACAUAUAUGGCAAACGAUGAUAAAUGGUGGUAGAGCUGAAGUUGGCGAGCAAAUAGUAUAUGUGAGUGAUAUGAUGACUACAAAACUCAAUUUCAAAAUAUCUUGUCAUCGUAUUGUGGAACCCGACGAACUGUUUUCUACUGAAGAACGUACAGAAUCCGAUGUUGAAGAACGCACAGAAUCCAAUGAUGUUCCCGUAUACACGGGUGCUGGGGCUGGUGAAAGUUCGGGGCGCCCUCUUCCGAAUGAACAGAUUGAUGAAUCUGACGAAUCGGAUGAAAGCAUUGGUCCGGGGUCAAAGACUAAUGAUACACCGCAAAUCGUCUGUCAGAAAUAUGUGAUCGUGUCUUCUAACCCCAUGUCCCCUACCAGUCGGAAUAGAGUGCACGAAGGGCAUCAUAUUAUAACGUUAAAGAAAGUCUUUAUUAAGGAAGUCUUGUAUGAGGCCUCCUUCUACAACGAAAUCAAAUGGUUGAAGGAGCUUCAAUCAGAAUGGGUGGUAGAGUGGAUGGAUCUCGGAGAUGAAACGCCGCCUCCGAAUAUUGAUCUUAUUGCCGAUUUUAGUAUGGACAUAUUUGCUCUUUCAGGUAUAUUCUAUUUCUUGUGGGUCAAGAAAUUGAUGUAUAAUGAUACUGAGGAGUUGCAAGCGUUGUUGAAUGAUGAAUUUGCAAGCGUGAAACAGAAGAUUGGCGAUGAGAGUGUGUCAAAGAUGAUUCUAAUGAUGUCAAAAGUACAGCCAGAUGACCGAUGUCAGAUUGAUGACGUGAUGGAAGAUUUAAAAAAAUUGAUGGGUGGACGUCGGAGGAGGGGCACUGAAGAUGUGAAUGAUGAUUGA